GCUAGGCCAAACACCCCCUACAUUCAGUUCAUCUUCUUCCACACUUUCAUCCCCAAACCCUAACCCAAUCAAUUUAAUCAAUCCAGUAAUCAAACUCACUGAAUCUCUAUACAAAUCACACAAAACAUGACUGAUUCCACCGAUAAAAUCGCUCAAUUUCAAGCAUUCACAGGUCUCCAAGACGCCGAUUUAUGCACCGAGAUCCUCUCCGCUCAUAACUGGAACCUCGAACAAGCAAUCUCAAGCAUCACUUCAACUUCACCCUCCGAUCACACCAAUUUUCCCGCCAAUUCCACCACCGGCACCGACAGCUUCGAACAAUUAGGGUUUAUCGCCGACCAAGGUACAAAUUCACCUAAUUUAGCAUGGAAACUUAUCACUUUACCGAUAUCUAUUGUUUCUGCAAGCCUAGGGUUAGUUUCCGGUGCUGUCGGGCUCGGUUUAUGGGUUGUUGGUGGUGUUUUAUCUUAUUCCUUAGGUAUGAUAGGAUUAACGAGUUCCGGAAGUGACGGUGGUGUGUCGUCGGCUCGGUUAGGUUCGGUUUCGACGGCUGCGACGGAGGCGAUGGAUUUUGUGGCACAGUUUCAAAGGGAGUAUGGGGAUAGGGGUCCGGAUUUUGUACGGGAGGGGUUUAUGGAUGCGUUGCAGCGGUCACGGAGGGAAUUUAAGUUGUUGUUCGUGUAUUUGCAUUCUCCGGAUCAUCCGGAUACAAAGGAGUUUUGUGAGGGGAGUUUGUGUGAUGAGGUUUUGUCGGCAUUUGUGAAUGAGAAUUUUGUGGCUUGGGGUGGGAGUAUUAGGGCGAGUGAAGGGUUUAAGAUGAGUAAUAGUUUGAAGGCUUCAAGGUUUCCGUUUUGUGCUGUUGUUAUGGCUGCUACUAAUCAGAGAAUUGCCCUGCUGCAACAGAUUGAGGGACCUAAAUCACCAGAAGAAAUGCUCACAUUAUUGCAAAGGGUUUUUGAAGAAAGUGCCCCAGUCCUUGUAACAGCAAGACUUGAUGCAGAGGAACGUAGAAACAGCAUAAGAUUGAGGGAGGAACAAGAUGCUGCAUAUCAAGCUGCACUUGAAGCUGAUCAAGCAAGGGAACGCCAGAGGAAGGAAGAGGAAGAACGGCUAGAAAGGGAAGCUGCUGAAGCUGAAAGAAAACAAAAGGAAGAAGAGGAGGCGCGUGAAAGAGCAGAAAUUGAAGCUGCUGAAAGAGAAGCUAGAUUAAUCAAAUUGCGAGAGGAAAAAUAUUUGUCAUUGGGUCCUGAACCUGAAAAAGGGCCUGAUGUUGCUCAGGUACUCGUGAGAUUACCAAAUGGAGAAAGAAAGGGGAGGCGGUUCCAUUCUAGUGCAACGAUACAAUCUCUGUAUGACUUUGUUGAUUCUUCAGGAACUUUGGAGACCGGAAGUUACACUCUUGUCACCAAUUUUCCUCGUGUUUUAUAUGGUCCGGACAAACUAUCUCUAUCACUUGAACAAGUUGGAUUACAUCCUCAGGCCAGUCUUUUUGUUGAAAUGAAAUCAUGAGAUGUAUUUAUGUGCAGAUUAAGGUUAGACCAAUUCUGUAUUUAGGACAACAAUGUUGUUAAUGUUUCCUCCCCAUAGUAUGCAUAUGUCAAGUGUUCAUUGUUGAUCAUGUAUCAUGCAGAUUAAUGUUGAGCGGAUGUAUUCACCUAAAGUAAACUGUUAACAAACAUAAUGUCAUGUUCUUUUUGUUGGGACAGAUGUUUCCACAAAUUGUUUUCAAGUGUUUAUUGUAUUGAACUGAGUUAAGAUCCUGUGAUGAA